UCUUUGGAUUAGUUGGAAUACACGACUUGGGAUAUAUUAUUUUGACUUGUACAAGAGAGAGUAAGAUGGGAUAGUGUAUUUAUACCUUCUUCGGUUGUAUUCAACAUUUGCACUAACAAAAAACAAAGUUUCUUGCUUUCACCAAGCCAAGAUCCAUAGACUAUCUUAUAUUUUGCACUCAAUAUUUUUCUCUCUUCAUGGCUCAACCUUAUAGAACUGCAUAUCAUUUUCAACCUCCCCGGAAUUGGAUUAAUGAUCCUAAUGAUUAAAUUUGCAGGACCAAUGAUAUACAAGGGAAUAUACCAUUUAUUUUACCAGUACAAUCCUGAAGCUGCAAUAUGGGGAAACUUAGCAUGGGGUCAUUCUACUUCAACUGAUCUUAUUAACUGGACUGUUCAUCCUCCUGCACUUUUCCCUUCAGAUUCAUAUGACAUCAAUGGUUGUUGGUCAGGUUCUGUUACAAUUCUCCAAAAUGGCACACCAGCUAUACUCUACACUGGUUGUGAUUCACAAGAUACACAACUUCAAAAUCUAGCCAUACCAAAAGAUUUAUCAGAUCCUUACCUUAUCGAAUGGAUUAAAUCGGAUCAUAAUCCGAUAAUGGUACCUAAUCCAGGGGAAGAAACUUUGUUCAGGGACCCGUGCACGGCGUGGUUAGGCCCUGACGAUGGAAUUUGGAGAGUAAUCAUAGGAAAUGAAAGAGAAAGCAAUGGAACUGCUCUUUUAUACAAAAGUAAAGAUUUUAUUCACUGGACUGAAGCUGAGCGGCCCUUGCAUUGGACAAAUGAAACGAAAAUGUGGGAAUGUCCUGAACUUUUCCCUGUAUUAGUUGAUGGUACUGAAAAUGGAGUUGACACUUCAGUGAUUUUGCAUGGAGUUAAAUAUGUACUGAAGAUUAGUGUGGCUGCUACUGGUGUUGAUUAUUAUACGAUUGGAAGUUAUGACCAUGAAAACGAUGUAUAUAUACCAGAUGAUGGAUUUGUAGACAAUAUUGAAUCAGGAUUAAGAUUGGAUUAUGGAAGGUUUUUUGCUUCCAAAUCUUUCUUUGACAGUGCCAAAAACAGGAGGAUCUUUAUUGCUUGGGUUGAUGAGUCUACAAGUAGGGAAAUUGAUAUCAUCAAAGGAUGGUCUGGUCUUCAGACGUUUCCACGGAAAAUUUGGCUUGCCAAAUCUGGAAAGCAAUUGGUUCAAUGGCCAGUGGAAGAAAUUGAAACGCUAAGGAAAAACCAAGUUAUAUUACCAGCUACAACACUAAAAGCAGGUUCAAAGAGUGAAAUUUCAGGUGUCACUGGUGCACAGGCGGAUGUAGAAAUCUCCUUCUCAAUCCCAAUCGCAACGCUUGAGCAAGCAGAGGUGCUGGACUCAAGUUGGAGUAAUUCACAAGAGCUAUGCCGCCAAAAAGCUUCAUCAGCAAACAGUACUGGUGUAGGACCUUUUGGAUUGCUAGUAUUGGCCUCAAAUAACAUUGAAGAAUAUACUGCAGUGUUCUUUAGAAUUUUCAAAAAGAAUGACAAGUUUGUUGUGCUAAUGGGCUGUGAUCAGAGAAGGUCGGCUGAGGGUCUUGAGUACGACACAAGCAAAUAUGGAGCCUUUUUGGAUGUUGAUCCUGUUACGGAAAACUUGUCAUUGAGGACUUUGAUUGAUCAUUCCAUAGUAGAAAGCUUUGGUGGAGGGGGAAAAGCUUGCAUUACAACCAGAGCUUAUCCUACUUUGGCCAUCAACGAUAAUGCCCAUAUAUUUGUUUUCAACAAUGGAUCCAAAGAUGUUGAAAUCUCCAGUUUGAGUGCUUGGAGUCUAAACCAAGCUCAGAUCAACGAAAUCGCCAUUUUAUUUUAAGAUUAAGUCAGCUUUUGAGAAUAGGUAUAUAUAAAUUUUGCAUGAGUUUUCUUAUAUCUCAUGAACCUGGUCGCUGAACAGAUGCGUUGUACGUGUUAAUUUGUGUCAAUUAUAAUAAAAUUUGUAUCUCAUAAAUAAUAAACUUUUAUCUGCAUAUAUAAUA